CGCAUACAUAGCAAAACGAAGUACAGUGCAUCGCUAUAAUUCAUUAAUACAUCAUAAAUCGUGAAGCACAGGGUUAUAACGACCACGAUCCACAAAUCAAGCCCUCCAAAAUCACCCAAAUGAGCUCGUACUUUGUAAACUCCUUCUCGGGGCGUUAUCCAAAUGGCCCGGACUAUCAGUUGCUAAAUUAUGGCAGUGGCAGCUCUCUGAGCGGCUCUUACAGGGAUCCCGCUGCCAUGCACACCGGCUCUUACGGCUACAAUUACAAUGGGAUGGAUCUCAGCGUCAACCGCUCCUCGGCCUCAUCCAGCCACUUUGGGGCGGUGGGCGAGAGCUCGCGCGCCUUCCCCGCGUCCGCCCAGGAGCCCCGCUUCAGGCAGGCGACAUCCAGCUGCUCCCUGUCCUCGCCCGAGUCACUGCCCUGCACUAACGGCGACAGCCACGGCGCCAAGCCCUCUGCUUCGUCCCCUUCCGACCAGGCGACCCCAGCCAGCUCCAGCGCCAAUUUCACCGAAAUAGACGAGGCCAGCGCGUCCUCUGAGCCUGAGGAAGCUGCGAGCCAGCUAAGCAGCCCGAGCCUGGCUCGGGCACAGCCAGAGCCCAUGGCCACCUCUACAGCCGCGCCCGAGGGGCAGACUCCACAGAUAUUCCCCUGGAUGAGGAAGCUUCACAUCAGCCACGAUAUGACUGGGCCAGACGGAAAAAGGGCCCGGACCGCCUAUACUCGCUACCAGACCCUGGAGCUGGAGAAGGAAUUCCACUUCAAUCGCUACCUGACCCGGCGGCGACGGAUCGAGAUCGCCCACGCGCUUUGCCUGUCCGAGCGUCAGAUCAAGAUCUGGUUCCAGAACCGUCGCAUGAAGUGGAAGAAAGACAACAAACUGAAAAGUAUGAGUUUGGCUACAGCCGGCAGCGCCUUCCAACCCUGAGCCCAUCCCGAGGAGCCCUGGGAGGCCCAAGAGCCCGCACCACGCCCAGCCCGACCCUUCCAAUCUUCCCUGCACUGCCGCUGCCCGCUGGGGACCAGUUCCCACGCGCCUGUCCCACCCCAGCCCUGUGUUACAAUUUUUCGUUUGGUCUUAGGUCUUCCCAUGGCUCCCUCUCUCCUGGACUGGUUAUUCUUGUUAUUAUUGUUAAUAAUAAUAAUAAUAAUUAUUAUUAUUAUUUCCCCUCCGUGCUCCCCACUUCUCUUGGCUCGCCCCCAAGUUGCCAGUGUUUCUGAAUGUCCUCGUGUCUGUGGUUGCGCUCCUUUCCCCAGGAAAAAGAAAAGAAAAAGAAAUUCGCAUGUUUAAUGUGACUUCCCACUCCCUGUCUGUGUUCUAACUUAUUUAUAAAAGGAUGAUGGCUGUAUUUUGAGUUUCUGCUGGAAACUUCCAUGGGGGGUAGCAGUUGAGGUUGGGUAGUGCUGGGCCCAGCUGAGCUGGCCUAGGGAAUGGAGUCCAUGACUGUGCUCCCACUUUUCUCCCACUUCAGCAGCCCCACCCCCCACCCCCACUCCCUAGGCUCAGGUAGCUUGUUCCUUGGGGUGGGAAGG